ACAGUUGGCUUUUGAGUUUCUUUCGUGCUUCUAAUAGGAAUAGCGAUGAUUAUGGCGAUGACUCGGAUUCCAAGCAGAAAGGCCAGAGAGAAAAACGCCUCUGCCUAACCAACCUGUUCAUUUUAUCACUUCUAUCACUUCAAUCCCAAUUAAGAGAACACUUGAGUGCGCAAAAUCUUCAACUGUCUUCGUACCACCCAAAAUGAUACAUUCAACAUGGAACAUCGUCCCAUUUUACCUUAUGGCCCUGCCCAUACUCACUCAUCAAUUCGAGUUUUUGGAUCAAGGCUACGCUCCCAUUUUCUCGGAGACUCUCACGACAUCUUUGACUUUGAAUUGGCAAGUCGAUUACGAAGGAAGGACGGUUCAUUUCGAGGUUGAACAUGCUUUUGAUCAAGGUGGAUCCGAAAGUGAUUGGAUCGCCAUUGGAUUUUCUGAUCACGGUGAAUUACCCAAGGCCGACCUUUGUUUGACCAUGAUGGACUGGAAUGGCGAUUUGUCCAUGCACGAUGUAAAUGUGGACGAACUCACUCAGGUCCAUUUGGAUCAUGAUCAGAACUGCCUGGACUUCAACCACAAGCUUUUUGACGACGGUUUGAUUUAUGGUUUCUCCCGGAGCUUCGAUACAUGCGACCCUCAGGAUUAUAUCAUUGAGGAUGGAACAACUCAUGUCAUUUGGGCCUUGGAUCGAGGCCCCAUCGAAUCCAUCAAGGGAAUCACACUCGAUUCUGUUCCCAAUGGCAUGAUCAGGACUCGAUUACUGAAGGUACCCGAUGUUCCCCCACUACCAAUGGAUGAACAAAGUCUCGAUUUCUUUCACGAAAUUGAGAUCCCGUCAGAUGACACGACUUAUUGGUGCUCAAUGCACCGUCUUCCCCCAGAAUUAAUUCAAAAACAUCAUGUUGUUCAAUAUGAGCCGAUAAAGACCGCUGGCAACGAGCAUAUUCUGCAUCACAUGGAAGUGUUCCAUUGCGACGCCCCGCCUGAUGAGGAGUUUCCUCUUUGGCAAGGACCUUGUGGAGCUGACGAUGCCCCUCCACAACUGCAAAAGUGCAAAAAGGUCUUGGCCGCUUGGGCGAUUGGAGCUGGACCAUUCACCUACCCAGAGAAUGCAGGCCUUGCCAUUGGCGGCCCCGACUUCAACCCGUAUGUGAUGUUGGAAGUUCAUUACAAUAAUGAAAAUAUGGAAGCUGGUCACCAAGAUCAAUCCGGUAUGCGACUUCAUGUGACCGAUCAACUUCGAGCUUACGAUGCCGGGAUCAUGGAAUUGGGUUUGAUCUACACCGAUCGGAUGGCCAUUCCUCCUCAAAUGACCGAAUUUCCCCUGAGUGGUCAUUGCUUACCCUCUUGUACAGCGGAGGGUUUCCCAGACCAAGGAAUCACUGUGUUUGGAUCUCAGUUACACACUCACGGUACCGGGGUCAGGGUUGCCACUUUGCACGUUCGGGACGGUCAUCAACUCCCCGAUUUGAACCGAGACAACCAUUAUUCCACCCAUUUCCAAGAAAUUAGGGCCCUUCACGAUCCUGUGCAGGUCUUGCCGGGUGACGGGCUUAUCAACCGGUGCUGGCACAACACCAUGACCCGGACCAAUGCCACUUUGGGUGGCUAUGGAUUCCGAGAUGAGAUGUGCUUAAACUACAUCCAUUACUAUCCAAAAAUUGAAUUAGAGAUCUGCAAAAGUUCGGUGGACAGAACAGCUUUGGAAGAUUAUUUUCGCUACCUGAACGAAGUCGAAGAUCAGCCGACGUCGGCCUUCAAGAACGUCUCCGAGAACUAUCACACAAUUGAAUGGACCCCAAGGCGUUCGCUGGACUUGGAAAACUUUUAUUCCAAGGCUCCAAUUGAAAUGCAAUGCCAAGGCGGGAAUGGCCUUCCACUACCCGGAAACUCCUGGAAAAACAUGAAGAUCAUGGAUAUUGAGGAUCCUUUGCCUAUCCAACCCCGAGAAUGUCAAGAUAUUAUCCAAUCCAAGCGCUUCCUUGGUGCCAAUUACAGACCCAAACGCUUCCUUGGAGCCAAUACGAGAUACAAUAAACGAAUGGGAUUCAACCCUAAAAUGGUCGCUAUCUACCGUGAAAGAAUGCAAGACCAGGAGACAAGACGCCGAAGAGGACUAAGAUCCAAGAAAGAGACCGCUUCCAACUUAGGGCUGUCCAAUCUCCGUUUCGACUUAUUCAACCGGUUCUUCAAGAGAUCCGGAAGCCCCAUGAACGAGAUGCGGAAAAGGGCCGGACAAUCCUUCAAUGAGAUGAAACGAGCUCCCACCGGGAUCAGAAUGAGAAAGGCUGACACCAAGAACAUGGUGAGGAUGCGCAAAAACGCCGAACAAGGCGAAAGUGUAAACAUCAACUCCUUGAUGCAAGAUCCCGAGUUCAGCAAACGACUCUGGUCCACAAGGAUGAAGAAGAACUCACUCCACCAGAACCGAUUCAAUGACUUGGAGAGGGGAUUGCGCCAAGCCUUUUCAGUCAUCAAACCACGCGAUGAAAAGCGUGUCUUUGGUAAGAUUAGGUUGCGUGAUUUUGAACGAGCCGAGGCCAAUGCCCGGCAACGCCGACGUCGACAGGAGCCGUCUAAAAAAGACUACAGCCUUGGCUUGAGCCAUAACAUUUUGGACAAUCCCUACGUCAAUUAUGGGAAACGGAGUAGCCGAAAUGAGCAUUUCAAUCAAUUGUCCUCCGAUUUGAAUGACGCUCUGAACCUUUUCAAUUCGAAACGAGCUUCAUUGAGACCUGAUAGUUUCACUGGACUGGAAAAUUCUCUUCAUGAAGCCUAUGGGAUGCUGAACAAUCCGAGCAAUCCGAACAAUCCAAUCCGUCGUGCCGACAAACGGUCCUCAAAGGAGGAACGUCUUAAUGACCUCGAGUCCAAUUUAAGUGAGACCUUAAAUCUUCUGAAUGGACCCGGAUGGAAAUCCGUCAAAGGAAAGAGAUCCUCGGCUAAUGGUUUGAGGUUUUCCAAAUUGAACCAAGAGGUCGACGAUCUACUCACAGCGUUUGGCCAAAAGAAACGGGGUAAGCGGUCCUCACCAAUUAGUAAUCGGGAACUCGAUGAGUUGGAAUCGAAACUCCGUGAUGCUUUCACGCUCUUGAACAACAUGGAGACGGAUGACAAUCAAUUCCGGAAACGCUUCGGAAAACGAACCCAGCCCGAGUCCUUGAACGACGACUAUGAAGAGGAAUACGAGAAACUAUAUGAAUCCGAAACCUGGCCCGAUUAUCCCACAUGGGGUUUGGACCGCCGUAAGAAAGGCCUCGGAAGUGUGGUCUAAAAUUAUUUCUUUUCAAGCAGUAGGCAAGGUCCUCCUCCCUUCCUAGAUUAUGCUUGUGGUUUAAACAUGUUUUAUCGUAGCCACACAUUCCUUUGAGAGGUUACUGAUUUACAGAUAGAAGCGUACUAAGCCCUGGUAAAGUUGUGUUAUGUUUUGUUUCAUAAUGAACUAAGAAUGCGAUCCAAGAAGACACAUGAUGCUCUGUAAAAAUCACAUUGUAACAUGCCACUUUAUAUGCUUUGAGAGCCCUUGUCAAACAUGGUGACAAAUGAUCGAUUUGCAAAUACAAGUCAACGGCGUAUAUCAAGAUAGACACAAUAUACGCAAAACUCCAGA